AUGCGCGGGAUCAGCGCCAUCUUGAUCUUAAGCACGGCGCAGCCAAAGCUGGUGACCCAAUUCGGCUACAGCCGUCUAGUCGACGAAGCGCGCUCCUUCUGGGCGACGGGAUUGCUGGCGGGCGAGGCCACAUGGCUUUCGUACAGUCUGCACGAGUAUCUCGUGAUUGCGCUGCCAAAACCGUUUACGCGGCUGUACGGUCCGUGGACAAAUGCGCUGGCGUGGCUCACGAUUCUUGUGGUGAGUUUGGUGUCGCCCGUCGGCAUUGCCAUGAACCUGAGUCGAACGUGCGUCGGUAACGAUAUGGACUAUGGCCUUCUUUGCACCGCCGGCGCCAUCUCGAUUGGCAGUCUCAACCGCCUCGUGCUUCUUUGCAGUCUCCAAGUCGGUAUCGUUGUCGCUUCCAUUGGGCUUGGCUGCGGCGUCCGCCGCCUGUGCGGCGCUGAGAAGGACGACGAUGACGAAGAGGAGGAAGAACAAGAGAGCUUGCUCGUGUCGGGGCUGGCCGAGGCCUUUAUCACCGCCGACCCGCGCUGCGACGCCGGUCGUGUCUAUGACCCUGUGACGUGCGUUCUCUGCGGGCUCCUCCCUCUCUCGUACAAUGGCCAUCGGUAUAUCUUUGACCUCAAGCUGUGGAGCUUGCUUCCGGAUACGAUCUCAACCCACGUGGCGCGGGCCGCCCCUGAGGCGUCCCUCGUCGCGACGCAGUCGCACAUCACGAGCACCGCUUUCUCCGUGCCGUCGAUGGACCUUAUUCGCGUGGCCUCGGGCCGCCGCCGGCUUCGGACGCUAUUGGCCGCGUUUGGCUUGCUCUACAUGAGCGCUUCGAUCACCGGCUCGGUCUUGUACUUCGAAGUGUGCAAAGUCAACUUGGACAACGACUUGUACUGGGCAACGUUCAACGUCACGGGCGCCCACACGUUUUUUGCGAAUUGGCUCAACGAGCAGCUCAUUUUGCGCGCCACAGCGCAGAACAUUGUCCUCAACGAUCCGAGCAUCAACCUCCUCGGCUCCUAUGCAACACCGACAGCGUUCGUCUCGACCGUCAACAACUAUGGUGCCUGGCUUCAGCACAACGAACUCAGUGCGAUCGAAGCCUCGAUUGCGGGUCUUCGCGUCUCGGAUGCGUGCAACGCGCCCUGGAUCUUUACGCCGUACUGCUACCUCGACUGGAAGAAGCGAUGGUCAAUGGCCUACUCCAACCAGCGCCAACUGCGGUGUCAGAAGAUGGAGGAAAAUGCUGCCGUGUACCUCGAGUCGGUGCUGCGCAACAUUGACUAUGCAACCUUUGCGUAUUGUUGGGGCAGUGCGUUUGAGACGGCGUUUGGUGCUGAUCUGCGCCAGUCGUCCGACGGUCAAGCCUGGCUGCAUUCAAUGGCUACGGAGCGACUGCCGCUGCAAGAUGAAAUCGCGCUGUGGCGCCAGCAAAAUCUAUCAAACUUUCAAGUGCAGUGGCAAAACUACAAGCGCAUCGGCGCCAUCAACAGUUACUCGAUCGUCAACGCGUUUGGUGUCUCGUAUCCUAUGCAGCUCAUGUCCCUCAACGGCAGCUACCGCUGGAGCAGUCAGACAACGUACAAGAUGUACUGGUCGCUCGCCAACGAUCUCACCGCGAUUGCAUCCAACACCAGUGGUAUCAGUGGUCUCAGUCUUUUGCGAACGAGUCCUCGGUUCGCCUUUGCCAACACGUCGCUGCAAGCCGUUCUCGCGAGAAACGCGACGUUGAUGUCGCCGCUGGCCAGUGCGUUGGCACUGGUGGCUACCACCGUAGGUCCGUUCGGCGUCACUGAUAUGGUGUAUGUGAGUGUUCCAGCCGCCGUCAGCAGCCUCGUUCGCGAUAUUCUUCAAAUGGCCCGCCUCUCCAUGGGAAAGUCGAUUCUCGCCCAAGCUGCCUACAACCAGAUCUCACCGUUAGGCACGUCGUACCCGAUUCCGAAAAAGUGGCUCACGCCCAACUACGCCUCGUAUGGUGGCUCGCCGCUCUGCCAAGAAUUUGUGUCGGGCAAGGUCGUCUCGGCGGGCUUGACGAGCGUUCUCUCAUACGACCUCCCUUGUCUACCAACGUCACCGAUCCAAAGCAAAGUGAUUCCGACGCGACAACACUAUAUUGUGUCGGCAAUUCUCUCGGGUCUCACUGCAUCACCGCCCAGUGACUACGGCACUAUUUGCUCGUUUGACCCGGCGUAUCUUGCCCUCUGCCUUGUCUACCUCAACCAAACCAUGUACUUUCUUCAGACGUACAUGCCCAACACCAACGCAUCAUUUGGCUCUGUCGCGGCGUCGACCAACGCCCUUGUCCAUAAUCUCAACAUUGAGUUGAUGAUUUUUGCCAAAGUCAACGCGUCGGCGCCGCUCGGGCUGCUGCACACCAAUAUUCUUGACCCAAGCGAAGCGACAGUGGCACGCUCAAUGUGUUAA